AAUGACUUGUACCACAAACAAAACCCAUCUCUUUCCCCAUUUCUCAUUAUAUACACAAAGAGAAGGAACAACUCUUAAAAGUUAAAACUCAUCAAAACAAUGGAAAUCCAAGGAUACACGAGCGAAAUUGUCUUCUUCGAUCUGGAAACAACAGUACCGAACAAACCAGGACAACCAGGACAACGUUUUCACAUCCUAGAGUUUGGAUCAAUACUUGUAUGUCCGAGGAAACUCGUGGAACUGGAGAGCUUCACCACGCUUAUACGUCCCAAGGACUUGGCCGUUGUCUCAUUGAGGUCUUCUAGGUCAGAUGGGAUCACGAGAGGUGCAGUCAUGGACGCACCAUGUUUCGAGGACGUGGCUGAUAAGAUCUAUGGUGUGUUGAACGGUCGGAUAUGGGCGGGACAUAACAUUAGGAGAUUCGAUUGUGUUAGAAUCAAAGAGGCUUUCUCUGAGAUUGGAAAGCCUGCGCCUGAGCCGACUGCGAUCAUUGAUUCUCUUGGGAUUUUAAGCGCAAAGUUUGGCAAACGAGCUGGUAACAUGAAGAUGGCAAGUUUGGCUUCGUAUUUUGGUCUUGGAGUGCAAAAACACAGAAGCCUGGAUGAUGUGAGGAUGAACUUAGAGGUGCUCAAGCAUUGCGCAACAGUGCUUUUCUUGGAAUCUACUCUUCCAAAUCAAUUGGAAAGAAAAUGGCAAAGCCCUUCAACGAUCAUGACAAGAAGUAGAAGUCAAUAUAAUUCUAAAAUAUCUCCUACUCCAAAUCCAAUUACAAAUGGUCUACAUAGUUACCGAAGCCAAAGGGCAAUGCCUUACAAGAAAGGUGGUCUUGGAAAGAUUGUGACUCGGAAUGUGAAGAAUUUGUUAUGUAAAGCUCAAAACAGCCAAUCUCUCCAGACCUUUAUCAAACACUCGCAUUCUUUGCUUAGAUGAUCAAAUUCAUUUAUUGUAUAUAUUAAUAAG